GACAGAAAGUCUUGUUCAGACUGACACACCACCUCAAGUCCUGCGCACCACGUCCUCACACGAAUCUCACAACCUGUGGCAAGGGGCGCUUGAUAAAAUGUGUCGCUGGGUGACUCAAUACCUGAAAUAGUUUGGAGCGUCCCGGAUGAGAGCUGGGACGACAUCAAGUCGCUGGUCGGAAUUUUUGAGACAUGACGUGGUAGGACCCUGGCCGAUGUCGAUAUGGAGGACGGUUGCGAGGCUGGUCCGAGAUUCUGUAAGUUCCUGAUUAUUGAUGAGGGCUCUCUCCGCUCGCUUGCAGCACUGCCCGAGAAACCACUGCAUGUUGUACUGGAAACUCGUGAGGAAAGACUUGUAGGUUGCCUGACAGGCUCGCAAGCCACUUUACGAGGGCGCGAACGUCUGGCUCAUCGACUCACGCGCUGCGAAACGCUUUAACAGUAUUGAGGACGGGAAAAACUACGGUGGAUUGAUGAAAUUGGGCAUAGAGGACAUGGGCGGAGCAUGGGUUGAGGAUCCGGAGUAGAUUCUUGAGCAUGAGGAGCGGGCUGGAGAAAGGUUCUAUUCUCUGUGGUAAGCUGAAUAGCAUGUACGGAUAUACUGUACUUAUUUGUCUAAAAACAACAUUCAUCGUUCGGGACCCAGCUCCGUCGUCUUGGCAUAGGGAGGAACCUUAUUCAGGCG